GACGCCCCGGCGGCGGCGUGCCCCGCCGCGGGGCCCCGCGGAGACCCGGCCGCCCACGGCCCGCAGCGGUUCGCGAACGACGACGCCUGGAGGCGACUGGCUGGUCCCGUUCGCGAGCGGCUACGAGCUGCAGGGGCUCAAUGCGCUGAGCGCUCUCUCGUUCGUCGCCGCGGGGGCCCCCCUGGUGUGGCGCGCGAAGACGCCGAUCGCCAGGGCGUACGGCCUCAUGAUGUGCGGAGUGGGCGUAGGCUCUUGCUCGUUCCACGCCACUACGUCGUUGGCGGGCUUCCUGGUGGACAUCUGCCCCAUGGCCGUCACCGCGGCCCUCAUGCUGUACCGCGCGGUGCACGCGGUGCAGGCCGACUCCGGCGCCUCGGUCGGCGAACGUGCCGAGACCACCCGCAUGUUGGUUUGCAUGGCGGCGGCAUUCGUCGCCGUGUACGUCCCCUGGAGCCUCAUCGUGACCGGGGCGUCCCACUUCACGGUUUGGUGGGUGUGGGCUUUCCUCUUCGGCUCGAUGGGUGCCGCUUUCGGCGUCGUCGCGCUCAUGGUAUUCGCGAACGAGGGUUUGCUAUUUGGCCCGAGCGGCGCCGACCUUUUCACCGCCAUCGCGUGCAUCCUCAUGGGGCUCGGAUUCACCGUGCACAGCUUCAUCCCGGGCAUGUGCGACGGCUGGCGAUGA